UAGCCAAGGCUAAUUCUCCCUCGAGUUCUUGGGAGAUGGGCGUUUGGCGAGAAGGCUGGCGUUAGUGAAGCGCGCCGGGCGUCACGGUGAGUGCGGGUCUUGGGCCCUGGCACCUGUCCUCUGGGAAGUCGUCCGCUGUGAACCCCCUCUCCUUCCACCAGCUGCUGGUCACCCGGGAGACAAGCCCUGUCCGCGGAGAGGAGUGGGACAACUCCGAAAGAAAAGAACUACUUUUAAGGAAAUAUAGCAUCCAUUGUGAAAGGGGAAAAGUAAAGAUAAUUCAUCAUGCCUGCUGUGGCUUCAGUUCCUAAAGAACUCUACCUCAGUUCUUCACUAAAAGACCUCAAUAAGAAGACGGAAGUUAAACCAGAGAAAAUAAGCACUAAGAGUUAUGUGCACAGUGCCCUGAAGAUCUUUAAGACAGCAGAAGAAUGCAGAUUAGAUCGUGAUGAGGAAAGGGCCUAUGUGCUAUAUAUGAAAUACGUGACUGUUUAUAAUCUUAUCAAAAAAAGACCUGAUUUCAAGCAACAGCAGGAUUAUUUCCAUUCAGUUCUUGGACCUGCAAACAUCAAAAAAGCCGUUGAAGAAGCUGAAAGACUCUCUGAAAGCCUUAAACUAAGAUAUGAAGAAGCCGAAGUCCGGAAAAAACUUGAGGAAAAGGACAGGCAGGAGGAAGCACAGCGGCUACAACAGAAAAGGCAGGAAACAGGAAGAGAGGAUGGUGGCACGUUGGCUAAAGGUUCUUUGGAGAAUGUAUUGGAUUCCAAAGACAAAACCCAAAAGAGCAAUGGUGAAAAGAAUGAAAAAUGUGAGACCAAAGAGAAAGGAGCAAUCACAGCAAAGGAACUAUACACAAUGAUGACGGAUAAAAACAUCAGCUUGAUUAUAAUGGAUGCUCGAAGAAUGCAGGAUUAUCAGGAUUCCUGUAUUUUACACUCUCUCAGUGUUCCUGAAGAAGCCAUCAGUCCAGGAGUCACUGCUAGUUGGAUUGAAGCACACCUCCCAGAUGAUUCUAAAGACACAUGGAAGAAGAGGGGGAAUGUGGAGUAUGUGGUACUUCUUGACUGGUUUAGUUCUGCCAAAGAUUUACAGAUUGGAACAGUUCUCCGGAGUCUGAAAGAUGCACUUUUCAAGUGGGAAAGUAAAACUAUCCUGCGCAAUGAGCCUUUGGUUUUAGAGGGAGGCUAUGAAAACUGGCUCCUUUGUUAUCCCCAGUAUACAACAAAUGCUAAGGUCACUCCACCCCCACGACGCCAGAAUGAAGAGGUGUCUAUCUCAUUGGAUUUUACUUAUCCCUCAUUGGAAGAAUCAGUUCCUUCUAAACCUGCUGCCCAGAUACCACCUCCAUCUAUAGAAGUAGAUGAAAAUAUAGAAUUGAUAAGUGAUCAAAAUGAGAGAAUGGGACCACUGAAUAUAUCAACUCCAGCUGAACCAGUUGCUGCUUCUAAAUCUGAUGUUUCACCCAUAAUUCAGCCAGUGCCUAGUAUAAAGAAUAUUCCACAGAUUGAUCGUACUAAAAAACCAGCAGUCAAAUUGCCUGAAGAGCAUAGAACAAAAUCUGAAAGUACAAACCAUGAGCAACAAUCUCCUCAGAAUGGAAAAGUUAUUCCUGAUCGUUCCACCAAGCCAGUAGUUUUCUCUCCAACUCUCAUGUUAACAGAUGAAGAAAAGGCUCGUAUUCAUGCAGAAACGGCUCUUCUAAUGGAGAAGAACAAACAAGAAAAAGAACUUCGGGAAAGGCAGCAAGAGGAACAGAAAGAGAAACUGAGGAGGGAAGAACAAGAACAAAAAGCCAAAAAGAAACAAGAAGCUGAAGAAAAUGAAAUUACAGAGAAGCAACAAAAAGCAAAAGAAGAAAUGGAGAAGAAAGAAAGUGAACAGGCCAAGAAAGAAGAUAAAGAAACCUCAGCAAAGAGGGGCAAAGAAAUAACAGGAGUAAAAAGACAAAGUAAAAGUGAACAUGAAACUUCUGAUGCCAAGAAAUCUGUAGAAGACAGGGGGAAAAGGUGUCCAACCCCAGAAGUACAGAAAAAGUCAACAGGAGAUGUGCCCCAUACAUCUGCGACAGGGGAUUCGGGUUCAGGCAAGGCUCAACGAGAACCUUUGACAAGAGCACGAAGUGAAGAAAUGGGAAGGAUCGUACCAGGACUGCCUUCAGGCUGGGCCAAGUUUCUUGACCCAAUCACUGGAACCUUUCGUUAUUAUCAUUCACCCACCAACACUGUUCAUAUGUACCCACCGGAAAUGGCUCCUUCAUCUGCACCUCCUUCCACCCCUCCAACUCAUAAAGCCAAGCCACAGAUUCCUGCUGAGCGGGAUAGGGAACCUUCCAAACUGAAGCGCUCCUACUCCUCCCCAGAUAUAACCCAGGCUAUUCAGGAGGAAGAGAAGAGGAAGCCAACAGUAACUCCAACGGUUAAUCGGGAAAACAAGCCAACAUGUUAUCCUAAAGCUGAGAUCUCAAGGCUUUCUGCUUCUCAGAUUCGGAACCUCAAUCCUGUUUUUGGAGGUUCUGGACCAGCUCUUACUGGACUUCGUAACUUAGGAAAUACUUGUUAUAUGAACUCAAUAUUGCAGUGCCUAUGUAAUGCUCCACAUUUGGCUGAUUAUUUCAACCGAAACUGUUAUCAGGAUGAUAUUAACAGGUCAAAUUUGUUGGGGCAUAAAGGUGAAGUGGCAGAAGAAUUUGGUAUAAUCAUGAAAGCCCUGUGGACAGGACAGUAUAGAUAUAUCAGUCCAAAAGACUUUAAAAUCACCAUUGGGAAGAUCAAUGACCAGUUUGCAGGAUACAGUCAGCAAGAUUCACAAGAAUUGCUUCUGUUCCUAAUGGAUGGUCUCCAUGAAGAUCUAAAUAAAGCUGAUAAUCGGAAGAGAUAUAAAGAAGAAAAUAAUGAACAUCUUGAUGACUUUAAAGCUGCAGAACAUGCCUGGCAGAAACACAAGCAGCUCAAUGAGUCUAUUAUUGUUGCACUUUUUCAGGGUCAAUUCAAAUCUACAGUACAGUGCCUCACCUGUCACAAAAAGUCUAGGACAUUUGAGGCCUUCAUGUAUUUGUCUCUGCCCCUAGCAUCCACAAGUAAAUGUACAUUACAGGAUUGCCUUAGAUUAUUUUCCAAAGAAGAAAAACUCACAGAUAACAACAGAUUUUACUGCAGUCAUUGCAGAGCUCGACGGGAUUCUCUAAAAAAGAUAGAAAUCUGGAAGUUACCACCUGUACUUUUGGUGCAUCUGAAACGUUUUUCCUACGAUGGCAGGUGGAAACAAAAAUUACAGACAUCUGUGGACUUCCCGUUAGAAAACCUUGACUUGUCACAGUAUGUUAUUGGUCCAAAGAACAAUUUGAAGAAAUAUAAUUUGUUUUCUGUUUCAAAUCACUACGGCGGACUGGAUGGAGGCCACUACACAGCCUAUUGUAAAAAUGCAGCAAGACAACGGUGGUUUAAGUUUGAUGAUCAUGAAGUUUCUGAUAUCUCCGUUUCUUCUGUGAAAUCUUCAGCAGCUUAUAUCCUCUUUUAUACUUCAUUGGGACCACGAGUAACUGAUGUAGCCACAUAAGGAGACAUAGGUUAUAAACUAGUUAUCUUUUAAAAGGCUCAGCAACACAACUCUUGAAAUGCUUAUCAAGAUAAUGGUAGCUAUAGCUGACCGAUUAGAGGAAUUCUAGGACAGUGGGAGCUGUGUUACUAGCACGAUAUAAUUCCGGUCAGUGCUGACAAAUAACAUUUAACAAGUAUUGCAGUAAGCAUCACUUACAGGUACCAUUUAUUUCAAAACAACUUUUUUAGUCUGCUCCAAAGUUAAAAUAAUUAACUAGCUAAGCAUUAUUAUUCUACUGGUCUAAAAACCAUUGUAUCUUUUUUUUUUCCUUUUCACUGUUAUGGCCUUUUCACAUUUCUAAAUCCCAUCUUGAUAUACUAUGAAUACUCUAGAAUGAUGUAAAGCAGAUAGGAAUGUAUGUGUACAUAUUUAUUGCAUACUUGCACAUCAAAUCGAUGUACAUAGUUUAACACGUCCUUUUGUGAAACCUAGAACUCAGAGGAUUGCUUUUUUUCUUUCAGCCUAUUUUGAGUAACUUCAGUGCUUUCUUAGGGAAAUGACAGGGCAAAGCGAUUUUUCUGUUGGCUUUGGGCUGUAUUUGUGCACUAAAUCUUUAUUCUAAAAAAAUAAAAUGGAAACUUUAAUUUUUUAAAAAUGAGAAUUUCAUUUACAGCUACAUUAAAAUCUUAAUGAGAAAAAUAAUUUACAACCCUGUGGGUGUUGUCUUUAAUAUUGUAUUAUCAAAUAUGGGACAGUAAAACCAUAGAUUUUAUAUACACACGUGCUAUAUAAUAACACCCAGAGUCAUUCUUUCAAGAUUAGUAUUCUCAUAUAUUGAGAAUAUUCAUUCUAAAUAUUAAAGUAAAAAAUGCUGGGAGUCAGGCAUGAUUGCAAAGUGAACUGCAUUGUAAAUGACAUCUUUACAGAGUGAUAUAUUAAGAGGGUUAAAGGAGCUUAUAACUUAUUUAACCGAGGGACUCAGUUGCUACCUAUGUAGUCAGUAAAACACUCCAUACAAAAAUAACAUUCUAAAAGUGCUUCAGAAAGAUACCACCAUUAGCAGGCUCUCAAGGAGAAGAUGAAAGGAUUGGGUUCAAAUUGUGAAGCUGACAACUUUUCAUGUUUUUCAGUUAGUGUAAGAGACCACUUCUUGGCUAAAUUAUUGUAUCAGAUAUAUUCAAAUCAUAAACUCACAGAGCCAUUUGAACAAAAAUUAUUUUUGUUUAGCUUCAUGAGUAUCUUUGGAAAAUAAUUUGUUGAAUAUAUAUAAUUAAGAGAUGUUUUCUGAUAAACGCCAAAUUUUGAAACCUGAACUCGCUAUAUAAUCUGCAGUGUUUUGAAGGCCUCCAUCCAUUAGCACUGUAUUAUAUUCACACUGCCUUUUUAAGUGACCCAGGACCCAUCUUCUGGAUGACAGACUUAUCUUAAGAUAAAAGGUUGCAUAACAUGCCCACAAGGCAUAAAAAUGUUAAUAAUGCAAGUAAGUUCUACAAGUUUAAUGACCAAGCAAAAUUCUACCACCAGAUGCUGAUUGCUUGUUUUGCAGUGUUCAGGAAACACCAUUUUCCUGGCUGUUAAUGCUUUUGUAUUGGUAUGGAAAAGGGCUGGCAGCUAUAGAACAGGAGAUACGCCGUAGCAUUUUGAACGGAAGUAUCUGGAAUCUCACUGACUCGUGUGUCAUCAAAGCUAUACCAGGCCUGGGUGAAUGAAUUCUUGCAAAAAGCAGUGUAGUGGCCACCAUCCAGAUCACCAAAGUGGUUCUAUGGGAGAAAGGAAAGUCAAACUUAAUAUUCACAUACAAACACUAACUACUGGAACCGAAAUGAUAGGGCCAAGAAAUGCUUUUUAAAUUGUCCCUUAUACUAAAUUAAAAGUGAUUAUUUUGUCGUUAAAUCCUGCAUAUAGCCUGACUGCUAUAUUGCUUCUCUUUUCAUUGUAACUGCUUAUAUGUUGUGCCCAUUGAUUAUCAUCUGUGAAUAAAGACAAUAUUUGGCAGCAUCUGA